AUGCUUCUACUCAAAAAUCUUCCAAAAUCUUCUAAUUUACUCUUGACUCAGGCUUUAAACUAAGAAGAAGGGGAAACAUGUACACGUCCAAGAAGAAUAAAGCUCUUGCAAUUAAUUAAAACAAGCGAAAGUAAUGAAAUACAGUAAAAGAACAUAACUUGUGAUAAUUCAAUAAACAGAAGCGUAGUUAAAGAAUUGAAACAAUAAAUAUUAAUAUAGAGAUAAUAAGAUUAAAUAUAGUAAUAAUCUAAAUCAUUAAAGUAAACAUCCCUCAAACUCAUGUUCUAAAAAUCUUCAUUAUCUAAGUCAAAGACCAUCCUUACUCAGAAUUAGAAGCAGGUUGUCUAAUUGAAGCAAGAGGCGAGAAUUGGCUCUGAUACUACAGAAGCUACUGAUGUCAGUGAUACAGAAAUGGAUAUUUAAUCAUGCUUGUAAAAUUUUCCAGAUAAAUAUUUAAAAUCUUCAAAAAUCCUGGGUAAACGUACAAAUAAUGCAAUGGUUAGUGAAGAGUAAAACUCUUAGAUUUCAAAAGAUUUGCCCAAGAAGAGGGAUAUAAAGAAUUAAAGUAAGUAAGUCAGUCAUUCUAGCUUGACCAUUAUCUGA